UUAAGUUAUGAAUAUUCAGGCAAGCUGAACUAGUUUGCAUAAUUAUUUAAAAAAAUAACAGAGUAAAAAUGAAACAUAUCAUAGAAGAUUAUUGUAAAUGUUUCAACAUGUAAGACUUCCGAAUUUCAGGAUGAGACAGCUACAACCGACGGCGACGGCGGCAACAGAGACGACGAAAGAUCCGGCGAUCUUGUCCAAUGAUUCCCUUACUCCGACAUACACCACAUCACAACAUAACAUUGAUGCAUCGACCUUCCCCCAUAGUCAUGAUCCAUACAGACCAAUAGAUAUUGACAGGCCACCGUCGCCACACAUGCGCCCUGCUAGAUCUAUGUCAAUUUCAUCUAUCAAAUCAUCAGUGAAAGUUUUCUUUAAUAACGAUGGCCUUGAAUGGAGUGACAGAAGUCAAAGUGUUCCGUCCUUGCAGCAGAAGCAACAGCAACAGCAACACAAGAAACAGGAAAAUGAACAUGUAAGGGCACAUCAGGAUGAAUCAAGCUCAACCGCUAGUUUUAAUAGUACAGAAUGCUCCGAACAUGUGCAUAAAAAAGAAUCCGUUGAACGAUUUUCUAACGGCCAGACAGCUGUCAGGUUAGACAGGGUAAAUAGUAAUAUUCAAAUACAGAAAGAAGAAUCGAUAGAAAACAAUGAUCAAAAGUAUAAAAUUAAACAAAUUGUUGUUGUCUCGCUGGAUGAAAAAGAAAGCAAAACAGUACAGAAAGUUUCUGAAAACUCACAAGGGUAUGUGUCAGUGUCAGAAUCAGUAGAAUCACUGAAACACACCGAAGUUACAAUUUCAACUGAUAAAGCUGUUGAAAGUGAUGACGACAGUUCGGAAAGAACUAUAACACCAUCUCUCGAUACCCACUUAGAUGAAUCUUGUAUUAAAACUGAAAAGAAAACAACAGUUGAAGAAGAAAAUAUUAGAAUAUCAAAGCCAAAAAAUGACGAGAGUGACUCUGCAAGUAAAGAAUACAAAAGAGAAAACAAGCAGACAUCACAUGAGAAACAAAGAAGACGGCAAUCAAAAUCUAGCCCAAGAGAUGCCACACCUAGAGUAUCAGGUAAAUCAUCUCCGCGUGGAACUAAAGUAGACAGGAAAGAUUCGCCAAGAACUCGAAAAGAAAUUGCACAAAAUACGCUUUCUAAGAAAAUAAAACAAAGGACGCCAAGAAGUGGAGAGAAUGAUGAUAAACUGUAUUAUAUCGUUGGUACUAAAGAUAAUAAAGGCCACUGGGCAACUAAGUCAGAAAUAGAUAAGAAUAGACAAGAAUCUGAGUAUGACAAGGUUAGCCUGCAUGAUAUUAAGCCUUAUGAGGGUGAACAUGAAAUAAAGCCUGAGGAUCCCCAACAACGUGAAAAAAUAAUCAAUAGCAAAUUACCGGAACCGAAGGACAUAGAUCUUUCCUCGAAAUCCACAGAAAUCAACACAGCUAUUAUUGAAGGUAAAACACGUGAGGGUAAAGAAGAGUGCGUCUUUGAAAAUAAGUCCGAAAUUUCUGAAGCUUCAGACGCCAAGCAUGCAAGUGAACUUUUAAUAAAAAGGCAAGACGCACUUGAUAUACAUAAAGGAGAAUUGAAAACUGAAGGCGAAGAUAACAAUAUUGAAGAAGAUUAUGAAGAUGACUUUGAAGAGGACCAACUUGAAAAAAAGGAGGAGGCAACAACUAAACAAGAAGAAGAGGAAGUACCUUUUAAAACUGAGAAAGAAGUUGAAAUGACUGAAAAUAAACAAAUAAAUGAUGACUUAGGUGGCGAAGCAAAAUACAAAAUAGAAAAAGAGCUGUAUCAUGCAGAUUUAUCACCACAUGAAAAUGAAACAAGCAGAACGUUGAUCCCCGAUAUGAAAAUUCAAAAAGAACCAAUUGCAGACGAUGAAGAAUUGAAAGUCAGCGCAGAGACAAUCGACAUACAGCAUAACAGAACAGAAUCAAGAUAUCAGAUGAAAGACGCAUUGCCUGAAAAGGUAUUAAUACAGCCUUCCGCUCAUACAGAUAAACACAGUGGAGUCGGAACACUAGUUAUUUCCAAUUCAUCAAUCAAUACUCUUGUCAUUGCAAACAAGAGUCAGUUAGACGAUGAAACAUUUCGUAGACUGACAAGGGAACCGGUUAUUGAACAACAAUAUAAAACAAACACUAAAAAUGAAGACGAUCAGCAGUCAGUCCAGAAUGAAAUAAAGAAAGAAGACAUUGCAACAGACAUUCCCGGAGAAUCCGAAAUGUUCGAUAAUGAUGCAAUUAAACAGACCCUUGAAAUAAAGCCUAUACCAUAUGAAACAACCGAAGACAAGAUAGUAAAUAAAGAUGGCCUUGAGGAAAACGAUACACAUUCUGACAAAACAAUUAAAACUUCAGGAGAUAUUCCUACCGAGACAGUAAUGAAUUCAGUCCUUUCGCAGACAAUAUGUACUGCAAGCUCCCAAACAAUUAAUAGCGUUGAAACACAAACAGUUUGUAAUAUAAGAACACAGACUGACACAAACGGGCAGACACAAACUGAUAAAACCAUAGCUGUUCAGACAGAUGUAACAGAUCAUUCGUCUGUUUUUGCUGUGACAAAGGAUACGUCUCGAAAACUUAAGGCAGAUGUACCUGAGGAUGAAUUAUUUAUUAUGUCAGAAUCUAACGAUUUACAAAAGUCACAAGUUUCACAAGAGUCACAAACAUUGGUAAGGACAAAUUCAUCUAGUCCAGACUUAAAAGCUGAAGAGGAAUUUCAAAAGAUAAAAUUUACAGAUAAACAUCUACAAGAGGAAGAAAUUAAUCAAGAAAAAUCUGCGGAAAGAUUGGAUAAAUGUAUUGCAAGUGCCGAAGAAGACUCAACGGAAAAGUUUACGGAGAAAGAAUCAGAAGUGAGGACAGAAGAAACCACUGAGGAAGAUAUUGAAACGUUUAAGGUAAAAGAAGAUGUAGAACAGCUUGAGGAAAUCGCAAUAGGAGAAAGAUCACAGGAAGAAGUUGGAGAUGAAAUGCAACAGUCUAAAUCUGAAGAAGAUCUGAGGGUUCAUAAACGUACGGUUGACGAAAGUGAGGCAAACACUUUUCAAGAUUCAAAAGAAGAAAUCAAAGUUAUUUCUGAAGAAAAACAAGGAGAAAAACCUGAUAUCGCUACAGAAAUAGCAGAGAGAACGAUGAUAGAAAAUGCUCAAGGAGAGGAUUUUCUAUUGAAAGGUGGAGUCGACAUCACUGAAGAGCUAGUAUCGGAAUAUAAACCUGUCGAAGAAACAAGGGAAGCAGAAACUGAAGAAAAACGAACAGAGUACAUACCAAACGAGAAAUUAGAUCAAUCAUCUCCGGUGACAUCUGAAGAAGUAGUAUCUGAGGAGAAAGCUAUUGAACAAUCACCAGAGUCUUUUAUAGAAGAAGAAAAAUUGGAAGACAAAUCAGAGAACAACUCGUUUGUACAUGAAACUGCUCCGAAAAAGACUGAUGAAAGCAUAAAUAUAAUUUUAGAGGAAGUUUCAAGUGGUGCUGACAACUCCAAGAAAGAUCGAUCUGUUGAAAUUUCACUCGAUAAAACUGAAAGUGAAAUGCCAGAGGAAAUGUUGGAGGAACAAUUGUCUGAAACAAAACCUAUUGUUGAUGAAAGACAUACGGAAACAUUCGAAGAAUCACUGGAGAAAACAAAAGAGGAAGAAAAUUCUCAAGAUACAUUUACAGAAAAAUCGAAAACUGUUGUUGCAAGUGCCGAAAGAGAUACAACAGAAAAGGCUGCUGAGAAAGAAUUAGAAGUGAGCACAGACGAUACCAUUGAGGAAGGUGUUGUAACAUUUAAUGUAAAAGAAGAUGUAGGACAGGGUGAAGAAAUCGCAAUAGGAGGAGUAUCACAGAAAGAAGUCGGAGAUGAUAUGCAACGUUCUAAAUCGGAAGAAGAUCUGAAGGACCAUACACCUACGGUCGACGAAAGUGAGGCGAAAACUUUUGAAGAGUCAAAAGAAGAAAUGAAAGUCAUUUCUGAAGAAACGCCAGCAGAAAAACCGGAUAUUGCAACAGACACAGCAGAGAAAACGAUGAAAGACAAUGCUCAAAAAGAGGAAUUUGCAUCAAAAAGUGGAAUCGACAUCACUGAAGAAGUAAAAAUUAUACCGGUAGUUGAAGUAUUGGAAGGUAAACCUGUUGAAGAAACAAGCAAAGGAGAAACUGAAGAAAUAGCAACAGAGGACAUACCAAAAGAGAAAUCAGAAGAUCAGUCAUCUCCGGUGACAUCUGAAGAAGUAGUAUCUGAGGAGAAACCUAUGGAACAAUCACCUGAGUCUAUCAUAGAAGAAGAAAAAUUGGAAGACAAAUCCGAAAAAACCUCGUUUGUACAUGAAACUGCUGAUGAAAAGACUGAUGAAAGCUUGAAUAUAAUUUUAGAUGAAGCUUCAGCUGGCGUUGACAUCUCUGAAGAAGCCCGACCCGUUGAAAUAUCGUUCGAUAAAACUGAAAGCGAAAUGCCAAAGGAAAUAUUGGAAGAACAAUUGUCUGAAACAACACCUAUUGUUGAUGAAAGAAAGACGGAAACGUCCGAAGAAUCACUGGAGAUAACAAAAGAGGAAGCAAUUUCUCCAGACAAAUUUACAGAAAAAUCGGAAACUGUUGUUGCCAGUGCCGAAACAGAUACAGCAGAAAAGUCUACUGAGAAAGAAUCAGAAGUGAGCACAGACAAAAGCACCGAGGAAGAUGUUGAAACAUUUAAUUUAAAAGAAGAUGGUGAGGAAAUCGCAAUUGGAGAAGUAACACAGAAAGAAGUCGGAGAUGAAAUGCAACAUUCUAAAUCGGAAGAAGAUCUGAAGGUUCAUACACCUACGGUCGACGAAAGUGAGGCAAAAACUUUUGAAGAGUCAAAAGAAGAAAUGAAAGUCAUUUCUGAAGAAACGCCAAUAGAAAAACCGGAUAUUGCAACAGAAACAGCAGAGAAAACGAUGAAAGACAAUGCUCAAGAAGAGGAAUUUGCAUCAAAAAGUGGAAUCAACAUCACUGAAGAAGUAGAAACUAUACCGGUAGUUGAAGUAUUGGAAGGUGAACCUGUUGAAGAAAAAAGUAAAGGAGAAACUGAAAAAAUAGGAACAGAGGACAUACUAAAAGAUAAAUCAGAAGAUCAAUCAUCUCCGGUGACAUCUGAGGAAGCAGUAUCUGAGGAGAAACCUAUAGAACAAUCAACGAAAUCUAUCAUAGAAGAAGAAAAAUUGGAAGAGAAAUCCGAAAAAUCCUCGUUUGUACAUGAAACUGCUGAUCAAAAGAAUGAUGAAAGCUUAAAUAUAAUUUUAGAUGAAGCUUCACCUAGCGUUGACAUCUCUGAAGAAGCCCGACCCGUUGAAAUAUCGCUCGAUAAAACUAAAAGCGAAAUGCCAAAGGAAAUGUUGGAAGAACAGUUGUCUGAAACAAAACCUAUUGAUGAUGAAAGAAAGACGGAAACGUCCGAAGAAUCACUGGAGAAAACAAAAGAGGAAGCAAUUUCUCAAGAAAAAUAUACAGAAAAAUCGGAAACUGUUGUUGCAAGUGCCGAAAAAGAUACAACAGAAACGUCUACUGAGAAAGAAUCAGAAGUGAGCACAGAAAAAAGCACUGAGGAAGAUGGUGAAACAUUUAAGGUAAAAGAAGAUGUAGGACAGGGUGAGGAAAUCGCAUUAGAAGAAGUAUCACAGAAAGAAGUCGGAGAUGAUAUGCAACAUUCUAAAUCGGAAGAAGAUCUGAAAGUUCACACACCUACGGUCGACGAAAGUGAGGCAAAAUCUUUUGAAGAGUCAGAAGAAGAAAUGAAAGUCAUUUCUGAAGAAACGCCAGCAGAAAAACCGGAUAUUGCAACAGAAACAGCAGAGAAAACGAUGAAAGACAAUGCUCAAGAUGAGGAAUUUGCAUCAAAAAGUGGAAUCAACAUCACUGAAGAAGUAGAAAUUAUACCGGGAGUUGAAGUAUUGGAAGGUAAACCUGUUGAAGAAACAAGCAAAGGAGAAACUGAAGAAAUAGCAACAGAGGACAUACCAAAACAGAAAUCAGAAGAUGAAUCAUCUCCGGUGACAUCUGAAGAAGUAGUAUCUGAGGAGAAACCUAUGGAACAAUCACCUGAUUCUAUCAUAGAAGAAGAAAAAUUGAAAGACAAAUCCGAAAAAACCUCGUUUGUACAUGAAACUGCUGAUGAAAAGACUGAUGAAAGGUUGAAUAUAAUUUUAGAUGAAGCUUCAGCUGGCGUUGACAUCUCUGAAGAAGCCCGACCCGUUGAAAUAUCGCUCGAUAAAACUGAAAGCGAAAUGCCAAAGGAAAUGUUCGAAGAAAAAUUGUCUGAAACAACAACUAUUGUUGAUGAAAGAAAGACGGAAACGUCCGAAGAAUCACUGGAGAAAACAAAAGAGGAAGCAAUUUCUCCAGACAAAUUUACAGAAAAAUCGGAAACAGUGGUUUCCAGUGCCGAAACAGAUACAGCAGAAAAGUCUACUGAGAAAGAAUCAGAAGUGAGCACAGACAAAAGCACCGAGAAAGAUGUUGAAAAAUUUAAUUUAAAAGAAGAUGGUGAGGAAAUCGCAAUUGGAGAAGUAACACAGAAAGAAGUCGGAGAUGAAAUGCAACAUUCUAAAUCGGAAGAAGAUCUGAAGGUUCAUACACCUACGGUCGAGGAAAGUGAGGCAAAAACUUUUGAAGAGCCAAAAGAAGAAACGAAAGUUAUUUCUGAAGAAACGCCAAUAGAAAAACCGGAUAUUGCAACAGACACAGCAGAGAAAACGAUGAAAGACAAUACUCAAGAAGAGGAAUUUGCAUUAAAAAGUGGAAUCAACAUCACUGAAGAAGUAGAAACUAUACCGGUAGUUGAAGUAUUGGAACGUAAACCUGUUGAAGAAAAAAGCAAAGAAGAAACUGAAGAAAUAGGAACAGAGGACAUACCAAAAGAGAAAUCAGAAGAUCAGUCAUCUCCGAUGACAUCUGAAGAAGUAGUAUCUGAGGAGAAACCUAUAAAACAAUCACCGGAAUCUAUCAUAGAAGAAGAAAAAUUUGAAGACAAGUCCGAAAAAUCCUCGUUUGUACAUGAAACUGCUGAUGAAAAGACUGAUGAAAGCUUAAAUUUUAUUUUAGAUGAAGCUUCACCUAGCGUUGACAUCUCUGAAGAAGCCCGACCCGUUGAAAUAUCGCUCGAUAAAACUAAAAGCGAAAUGCUAAAGGAAAUGGUGGAAAAACAAUUGUCUGAAACAAAACCUAUUGUUGAUGAAAGAAAGACGGAUACGUCCGAAGAAUCACUGGAGAUAACAAAAGAGGAAGCAAUUUCUAUAGACAAAUUUACAGAAAAAUCGGAAACUGUUGUUGCCAGUGCCGAAACAGAUACAUCAGAAACGUCUACUGAGAAAGAAUCAGAAGUGAGCACAGAAGAAAGCACUGAGGAAGAUGGUGAAACAUUUAAGGUAAAAGAAGAUGUAGGACAGGGUGAGGAAAUCGCAAUAGAAGAAGUAUCACAGAAAGAAGUCGGAGAUGAUCUGCAACAUUCUAAAUCGGAAGAAGAUUUGAAGGUUCAUACACCUACGGUCGACGAAAGUGAGGCAAAAUCUUUUGAAGAGUCAAAAGAAGAAAUGAAAGUCAUUUCUGAAGAAACGCCAGUAGAAAAACCGGAUAUUGCAACAGAAACAGCAGAUAAAACGAUGAAAGACAAUGCUCAAGAAGAGGAAUUUGCAUCAAAAAGUGGAAUCGACAGCACUGAAGAAGAAGAAACUGUACGGGUAGUUGAAGUAUUGGAAGGUAAACCUGUUGAAGAAACAAGCAAAGGAGAAACUGAAAAAAUAGCAACAGAGGACAUACCAAAAGAGAAAUCAGAAGAUCAGUCAUCUCCGGUGACAUCUGAAGAAGUAGUAUCUGAGGAGAAACCUAUGGAACAAUCACCUGAGUCUAUCAUAGAAGAAGAAAAAUUGGAAGACACAUCCGAAAAAAACUCGUUUGUACAUGCAACUGCUGAUGAAAAGACUGAUGAAAGCUUGAAUUUAAUUUUAGAUGAAACUUCACCUAGCGUUGACAUCUCUGAAGAAGCCCGACCCGUUGAAAUAUCGCUCGAUAAAACUGAAUGCGAAAUGCCAAAGGAAAUGUUGGAAGAACAAUUGUCUGAAACAAAACCUAUUGUUGAUGAAAGAAAGACGGAUACGUCCGAAGAAUCACUGGAGAAAACAAAAGAGAAAGCAAUUUCUAUAGACAAAUUUACAGAAAAAUCGGAAACUGUUGUUGCCAGUGCCGAAACAGAUACAUCAGAAAAGUCUACUGAGAAAGAAUCAGAAGUGAGCACUGACGAAAGCACCGAGAAAGAUGUUGAAACAUUUAAUUUAAAAGAAGAUGGUGAGGAAAUCGCUAUUGCAGAAGUAACACAGAAAGAAGUCGGAGAUGAAAUGCAACAUUCUAAAUCGGAAGAAGAUCUGAAGAUUCAUAUACCUACGGUCGAGGAAAGUGAGGCAAAAACUUUUGAAGAGUCAAAAGAAGAAAUGACAGUCAUUUCUGAUCAAACGGCGGUAGAAAAACCGGACAUUGCAACAGAAACAGAAGAGAAAACGAUGAAAGACAAUGCUCAAGAAGAGGAAAUUGCAUUAAAAAGUGGAAUCGACAUCACUGAAGAAGUAGAAACUAUACCGGUAGUUGAAGUAUUGGAAGGUAAACCUGUUGAAGAAAAAAGCAAAGGAGAAACUGAAGAAAUAGGAACAGAGGACAUACCAAAAGAGAAAUCAGAAGGUCAAUCAUCUCCGGUGACAUCUGAAGAAGUAGUAUCUGGGGAGAAACCUAUGGAACAAUCACCUGAAUCUAUCACAGAAGAAGAAAAAUUGGAAGACAAAUCCGAAAAAACCUCGUUUAUACAUGAAACUGCUGAUCAAAAGACUGAUGAAAGCUUAAACAUAAUUUUAGAUGAAGCUUCACCUAGCGUUGACAUCUCUGAAAAAGCCCGACCCGUUGAAAUAUCGCUCGAUAAAACUAAAAGCGAAAUGCCAAAGGAAAUGUUGGAAGAACAAUUGUCUGAAACAAAACCUAUUGUUGAUGAAAGAAAGACGGAAACGUCCGAAGAAUCACUGGAGAAAACAAAAAUGGAAGACAUUUCUCAAGAGAAAUUUACAGAAAAAUCGGAAGCUGUUGUUGCAAGUGCCGAAACAGAUACAACAGAAAAGUCUACUGAGAAAGAAUCAGAAGUGAGCACAGAAGAAAGCACUGAGAAAGGUGGUGAAACAUUUAAGGUAGAAGAAGAUGUAGGACAGGGUGAGGAAAUCGCAAUAGGAGAAGUAUCAAAGCUAGAAGUCGGAGAUGAAAUUCAACAUUCUAACUCGGAAGAAGAUCUGAAGGUUCAUACACCUACGGUCGACGAAAUUGAGGUGAAAACUUUUGAAGAGUCAAAAGAAGAAAUAAGAGUCAUUUCUGAAGAAAAGCCAGUAGAAAAAUCGGAUAUUGCAACAGAAACAGCAGAGAAAACGAUGAAAGACAAUGCCCAAGAAGAAGAAUUUGCAUCAAAAGGUGGAAUCGACAUCACUGAAGAAGUAGAAAUUAUACCGGGAGUUGAAGUAUUGGAAGGUAAACCUGUUGAAGAAACAAACAAAGGAGAAAUUGAAGAAAUAGCAACAGAGGACAUACCAAAAGAGAAAUCAGAAGAUCAGUCAUCUCCGGUGACAUCUGAAGAAGUAGUAUCUGAGGAGAAACCUAUGAAACAAUCACCUGAGUCUAUCAUAGAAGAAGAAAAAUUGGAAGAGAAAUCAGAAAAAACCUCGUUUGUACAUGAAACUGCUGAUGAAAAGACUGAUGAAAGCUUAAAUAUAAUUUUAGAUGAAGCUUCACCUGGCGUUGACAUCUCUGGAGAAGGUCAACCUGUUGAAAUAUCGCUCGAUAAAUCUAAAAGCGAAAUGCCGAAGGAAAUAUUGGAAGAACGAUUGUCUGAAACAAAACAUAUUGUUGAUGAAAGAAAGACGGAAACGUCCGAAGAAUCACUGGAGAAAACAAAAAAAGAAGACAUUUCUCCAGACAAAUUUACAGAAAAAUCGGAAACUGUUGUUGCCAGUGCCGAAACAGAUACAGCAGAAAAGUCUACUGAGAGAGAGUCAGAAGUGAGCACAGACGAUACCACUGAGAAAUAUGUUGAAACUUUUAAGGUAAAAGAAGAUGUAGGAGAGGGUGAGGAAAUCACAAUAGGAGAAGUAUCACAGAAAGAAGUCGGAGAUGAAAUGCAACAGUCUAAAUCGGAAAAUGUUCUGAGGGUUCAUACCCCUACGGUCGACGAAAGUCAGUCAAAAACGUUUGAAAUGUCAAAAGAAGAAAGGAAAGUCAUUUCUGAAGAAACGCCUGUAGAAAAAGUACCAAAAGAGAAAUCAGAAGAUCAGUCAUCUCUGGUGACAUCUGAAGAAGAUGUAUCUGAGGAGAAACCUAUGGAACAAUCACCCGAGUCUAUCAUAGAAGAAGAAAAAUUGGAAGACAAAUCCGAAAAAACCUCGUUUGUACAUGAAACUGCUGAUGAAAAGACUGAUGAAAGCUUAAAUAUAAUUUUAGAUGAAGCCUCACCUGGCGUUGACAUCUCUGAAAAAGCUCGAUCUGUUGGAUCUACAGACAACCUUACAGCUGACAUAUCUGUUGAAGAGAAACCAACAGAAGACGUGGAAAGAGUACAUAACCUCUUCGGCCCUGCUUCAGAACCAACCGAUUGUAUUCCAUCGAAUUUUCUGAUUAACAUUCAUUAUACAGAACAAAAUACUUACUAUUCAAAGCAAAUAAAUACUGAAGUAGAAGAAAACCGAUACAGCUCUAGUUCCCUACUUGAUGAAUCAGAACAUUAUGUUAUAGAUCAUUUCGAAAUGAAGUCAGCAGUGAGUGAUGUUGAUACGUACAGCGAUACGUUUAUGUCUACAAAGACUUCUGUGAUCAUACCUAUUGGAGACCAAACUGACGAAACGCUUACUUCAAUAUCUGAAGUUGAAGAAAGCGUGAUACUACCAGAGAAUGAAUUAAAUUUUAUCAAUGAAUUAACUGAAGACAAACCGACAGCAGAGAAAAGACAACAUUAUUUGGAUGAAAAUGAAUCAACAAAUGUAGAAGCAACCAAGAACAUACCUAAGGAGGAAUCAGUAAACCUAGCAUCUCCAGUGACAUCAGAAGUAGACGUAUCAAACGAGAAGCCUAUGGAACAAACAUUUGAGUCAAUUACAGAGGAAAACAAAUUGGAAGACAAGUCAGAAAACAACUCUUUUGUACAUGAAACUGCUGAGGAAAAGACUGACAAAAGCAUAAAUCUAAUAUUAGAUGAAACUUCCACUAGCGUAGACAUUCCUGAUGAAGCUCGAUCUAUUGAAAUGUCCCUAGAUAAAUCUGAAAUUGAAAAGCCAGAGAAAAUGUCGGAGGAAAAAUUGUCUGACACAAAACUUAUGGUUGAAGAAAGUAAGGCAGAAACGUCCGAAGAAUCAUUGGAGAAAACAAAACAAGAAGAAAUUUCUCAAGAAAAAUCUACAAAAAAAUCGGAUACUGUUAUUGCAAGUGCCGAAGAAGAUACAAUUGAAAAAAAGUCUACUGAGAAAGAAUCAGAAGUGCGCACAUACGAAACCACUGAGGAUGAUGUUGAAACAUUUAAGGUAAAAGAAGAUAUAGAACAGCGUGAGGAAUUCGCAAUAGGAGAAGUAUCACAGGAAGAAGGAGGAGAUGAAAUGCAACAGUCUAAAUUGGAAGAGGAUCUGAGUGUUCAUAAACCUAUGGUCGACGAAAGUGAGUCGAAAACUUUCGAACAAUCAAAAGACGAAAUCAAAGUCAUUUCUGAAGAAACGCCAGUAGUGAUACCGGAUAUUACUACUGAAACAGCAGAGGAAAUGAUGAAAGAAAUUGCUCAAGGAGACGACUCGGCAUCGAAAGAUGGAGACGACAUCACUGACGAAGGUGAAAUUAUACCGGUAGUUGAAGUAUCGGAAGAUAAAAUUCUUGAAGAAACAAGCGAGAAAGAAACUGAAGAAAAAGCCACAGUGGACAUACCAAAAAUGGAAUCAGAAGACCAAGCAUCCCCUGUGACAUCUGAAGAAGUAGUGUCUGGGGAGAAAGAUAUGGAACAAUCACCUGAGUCAAUAAUAGCAGAAACAAAAUUGAAAGACAAAUCAGAAAACAACUCGUUUGUACGUGAAGCUGCUGAGAAAAAGACUGACAAAAGCAUAAACAUAAUUUCCGAUGAAGAUUCCCCUGGCGUUGACAGUUUUGAAGAUGCUCGAUCUGCUGAAAAAUCGCUCGGUAUAACUAAAAGUGAAAUGCCAAAGGGAAUCUCAGAGGAACAAACGUCUGAAACACAACAUGUAGUUGAAGAAAGUAAGAAGGAAACGUCCGAAGAAUCACUAGAGAAAACAAAAGAAGAAGAAAUUCAGGGAAAAUCUACAGAAAAUUCGGACACUGUUAUUGCAAGUUCCGAAGAACAUACAACACAAAAAUAUACUGACAAGGAAUCAGAAGUGCGCACAGACGAAACCACUGAGGAAGAUGUUGAAACAUUUAAGGUAAAAGGAGAUGUAGAACAGCAUGAGGAAAUCGCAAUAGGUGAAAUAACAAAGGAAGAAGUCGGAGAUAAACUGCAACAUUCUAAACUGGAAGAAGAUCUGAGUCUUUAUAAAACUACGGCCGACGAAAGUGAGGCGAAAAUUUUAAGAGAAUCAAAAGAAGAAAUAAAAGUCACUUCUGAAGAAAUAGAAGCUGAGAAACCAAAUAUUGCAACUGAAACAGCAGAAACGAAGAACGAAAUAGUUCAAGGAGAGGAAUCUACGUCGAAAAGUGGAGUCAACAUUACUGACGAACUAGAAAGUAUACCGGUAGUUGAAGUAUUAGAAGAUAAACCUGUUGAAGAAACAAGCGAGGCAGGAACAGAAGAAAAAGCAAGCGAGGACAUAACAAAAGAGGAAUCAGAAGACCAAGCAUCUUCUGUGACAUCAGAAGAAGUGUCUGAGGAGAAACCUAUGGAGCAAUCACCUGAGUCAAUAAUAGAAGAAGAAAAACUGGAAGACAAAUCAGAAAACUACUCGUUUGUACAUGAUACUACUAAGAAAAAGACUGACGAAAGAAUAAAUAUAAUUUUAGAUGAAGCUCCACCUGGCGUUGACAGUUCUGAAGAUGCUCGAUCUGUUGAAAUAUCGUUCGAUAAAACCGAAAGUGAAAUGCCAAAGGAAAUUUCAGAGGAACAGUUGUCUGAAACAAAACCUGUCGUUGAAGAAAGUAAAACUGAAACGUCCGAAGAAUCACUGGUGGAAACAAAAGAAGAAGAAAUCUCUGAAGAAAAAUCUACAGAAAAAUCGGAUACUGUUUUUGCAAGUGCUGAAGAAGAUACAACAGAAAAAUCUAACGAGAAGGAAUCAGAAGUGCGCACAGAAGAAACAAUUGAGGAAUAUGUUGAAACAUUUAAGGUAAAAGAAGAAGAUGAACAGCAUGAGGAACUCGCAAUAGGAGAAAUGAAAGUCAUUUCUGGAGAAACGCCAGCAGAGAAACCUGAUACUACAUCUGAUACAGCAGAGGAAACGAAGAAAGAAAUUGCUCAAGAAGAAGAAUCUGAAUCGAAAAUUGGAGUUGACAUUACUGACGAAGUAGAAAUCAUACCGGUUGUUGAAAUAUCGGACGAUAAACCUGUUAAAGAAACAAGCGAGGCAGAAACAGAAGAAAAAGGAACAGAGGACAUAACAAAAGAGGAAUCAGAAGACCAAGCAUCUCCUGCGACAUCAGAAGAAGUGGUGUCUGAGGAGAAAGCUAUGGAAAUAUCACCUGAGUCAAUAAUAGAAGAGGAAAAUUUGGAAGAUAUAUCAGAAAACUACUCGCUUGUAAACGAAACUACUGAGAAAAAGACUGACGAAAGCAUAAAUAUAAAUUUUGAUGAACCUUCACCUGGCUUUGACAGUUCUGAAGCUGCUCGAUCUGUUGAAAUAUCGCUCGAUAAAACUGAAAGUGAAAUGCCAAAGGCAGUGUCAGAGAAACAAUUGUCUGAAACAAAACCUGUAGUUGAAGAAAGUAAGACGGAAAAGUCAGAAGAAUCACUGACGGGAACAAAAGAAGAAGACAUUCCUCAAGAAAGAUCUACAGAAAUAUCGGAAACUGUUGUUUCAAGUGCUGAAGAAGAUAAAACAGAAAAAUCUAUCGAGAAAGAAUCAGACGUGCGCAAAGACGAAAGAACUGAGGAACUCGCAAUAGAAGAAAUAUCACCGGAAGAAGUCGGUGAUGAACUGAAACAUUCUAAAUCAGAAGAGGAUCUGAGUGUUCAUAAAACUAUGGCUGACGAGAGUGAGACGAAAACUUUUGAAGAAUCAAAAGAAGAAAUGAUAGUUAUGUCUGAAGAAACACCAUUACAGAAACCAGAUAUUACAAUUGAAACAGCAGAGGAAACGAUUGUAAAAAGUGCUCAAGAAGAAGAGUCUAUGUCGAAAAGCGGAGUCGACAUCCCUGAGGAGGUGGGAAUUAUACCAGUAGUUGAAGUAUCGGAAGAUAAACCCGUUGCAGAAAUAAGUGAAGCAGAAACUGAAGACAGAGCAACAGAGGACAUACCAAAAGAAGAUUUAGAAGACCAAGCAUCUCCUGUGACAUCAGAAGAAGUAGUGCCAGAGGAGAAAGCUAUAGAACAAUCACCUGUGUCAAUAAUGGAAGAAGAAAAAUUGGAAGACAAAUCAGAAAACAACUCGUUUGUACAUGAAACUACUGGGAAAAAGACUGACGAAAACAUAAAUAUAACUUUUGAUGAAGCUUCACCUGGCGUUGACAGUUCUGAAGAUACUCGAUCUGUUGAAAUAUCGCUCGAUAAAACUGAAAGUGAAAUGCUAAAAGAAAUAUCAGAGGAACAGUUGUCUGAAACAAAACCUGUAGUUGAAGAAAGUAAGACGGAAAAGUCCGAAGAAUCACUGGCGGAAACAAAAGAAGAAGAAAUUUCUAAAGAGAAAUCUACAGAAAUAUUUGGUACUGUUAUAUUAAGUGCUGAAGAAGUCACAACAGAAAAAUCUACCGAGAAAGAAUCAGAAGUGCGCACAGACGAAACAUCAGAGAAAGAUGUUGAAACCUUGAAAGUAAAAGAAGAUGUAGAAGAGCGUGAGGAACUCGCAGUAGGAGAAAUAUCACCGGAAGAAGUCGAAGAUAAACUGAAACGUUCUAAGUCGGAAGCAGAUCUGAGUGUUCAUAAAACUACGGCCGGCGAAAGUGAGGUGAAAACUUUUGAAGAAUCAAAAGAAGAAAGGAUAGAUAUUCCAGAAGAAACGCCGGUAGAGAAAUCGGAUAUUGCAAUUGAAAAAGCAGAGGAAACGAUUGUAAAAAGUACUGAAGAAGCGGAGUCUGCGUUGAAAAGCGAUGUCGACAUCACUGACGAUAUGGAAAUUACACCAGUAGUUGAAAUACCGGAAGAUAAACCCGUUGAAGAAAUAAGUGAAGCAGGAACUGAAGAAAGAGCAACAGAGGACAUACCAAAAGAAGACUUAGAAGACCAAGCAUCUCCUGUUACAUCAGAAGAAGUAGUGUGUGAGGAGAAACCUAUAGAACAAUCAUCUGAGUCAUUAAAAGUAGAAGAAAAAAUAGAAGACAAAUCAGAAAACAACUCGUUUGUACAUGAAACUACAGAGGAAAAGGCUGACGAAAGCAUAAAUAUAAUUUUAGAUGAAGCUUCACCUGGCGUUGAUAUUUUUGAAGAUGCUCGAUCUGUUGAAAUACCGCUCGAUAAAACUGAAAGUGAAAUGCCAAAGGAAAUCUCAAAGGAACAAUUGUCUGAAACAAAACCCGUAGUUGAAGAAGGUAAGACGGAAAAUUCCGAAGAAUCACUGGCAGAAACAAAAGAAGAAGAAAUUUCUCAAGAAAGAUCUACUGAAAUUUCGGGAACUGUUGUUUCAAAUGCUGAAGAAGAUACAACCAAAAAUUCUAUCGAGAAAGAAUCAGAAGUGCGCACAGACGAAACAACUGAGGAAGAUGUUGAAAUAUUGAAAGUAAAAGAAGAUGUAGAACAGCGUGAGGAACUUGCAAUAGGAGAAAUAUCACCGGAAGAAGUUGGAGAUGAACUGAAAUAUUCUAAGUCGGAAGAAGAUCUGAGUGUUCAUCAAACUACGGCCGACGAAAGUGAGGCGAAAUCUACUGAAGAAUCAAAAGAAGAAAAGAUAGAUAUUCCUGAAAAAACGCCGGUAGAGACCCCGGAUAUUGCAGCUGAAACAGCAGAGGAAAUGAUUGUUAAAAGUGCUCAAGAAGAGGAGUCUGUGUCGAAAAGCAGAGUCGACAUCACUGACGAUGCGGAAAUAAAACGAGUAGUUGAAGGAUCGGAAAAUAAACCUGUUGUGGAAACAGAUGAAGCAGAAACUGAAGGAAAAGCAGCAGAUGACUUACCAGAAGAAGACUCCAAAGACCAAUUAUUACCUGUGACACCAGAAGAAGCAGUGUCUGAGGAGAAACCUAUAGAACAAUCAGCUGAAUCAUUAAAAGAAGAAGAAAAAGUAGAAAACAAAUCAGAUAACAACUCGUUUGUACAUGAAACUACAGAGAAAAAGGCUAACGAAAGCAUAAAUAAAAUUUUAGAUGAAGCUUCAUCUGGCGUUGGCAGUUUUGAAGAUGCUCGAUCUGUUGAAUUAUCGCUCGAUAAAACUGAAAGUGAAAUGCCAAAGGAAAUGACAGAGGAACAACUGUCUGAAACAACACCUGUAGUUGAAGAAGGUAAGACGGAAAAGUCCGAAGAAUCACUGGCGGAAACAAAAGAAGAAGAAAUUUCUCAAGAAAGAUCUACUGAAAUUUCGGGUACUGUUAUUUCAAUUACUGAAGAAGAUACAACAGUAAAAUCUAUCGAGAAAGAAUCCGAAGUGCGCACAGACGAAACAACUGAGGAAGAUGUUGAAACAUUGAAAGUAAAAGAAGAUGUAGAACAGCGUGAGGAACUCGCAAUAGGACAAAUAUCAUCGGAAGAAGUUGGAGAUGAACUGAAACAUUCUAAGUCGGAAGAAGAUCUGAGUGUUCAUCAAACUACGGCCGACGAAAGUGAGGCGAAAACUAUUGAAGAAUCAAAAGAAGAAAAGAUAUAUAUUUCUGAAGAAACGCCGGUAAAGACCCCGGAUAUUGCAAUUCAAACAGCAGAGGAAAUGAUUGUAAAAAGUGCUCAAGAAGAGGAUUCUGUGUCGGAAACCAGAGUCGACAUCACUGACGAUGUAGAAAUUAAACCAGUAGUUGAAGUAUCGGAAGAUAAACCUAUUGAGGAAACAGAUAAAGCAGAAACUGAAGUAAAAGCAGCAGAGGACAUACCAAAAGAAGACUCCAAAGACCAAGCAUCACCUGUGACAUCAGAAGAAGUAGUGUCUGAGGAGAAAGCUAUAGAACAAUCAGCUGAGUCAUUAAAAGAAGAAGAAAAAAUAGAAGACAAAUCAGAAAACAACUCGUUUGUACAUGAAACUACAGAGAAAAAGGCUGACGAAAGCAUAAAUAUAAAUUUAGAUGAAGCUUCACCUGACGUUGAUAUUUUUGAAGAUGCUCGAUCUGUUGAAAAACCGCUCGAUAAAACUGAAAGUGAAAUGCCAAAGGAAAUCUCAAAGGAACAGUUGUCUGAAACAAAACCCGUAGUUGAAGAAGGUAAGACGGAAACGUCCGAAGAAUCACUGGCGGAAACAAAAGAAGAAGAAAUUUCUCAAGAAAGAUCUACUGAAAUUUCGGGAACUGUUGUUUCAAAUGCUGAAGAAGAUACAACCAAAAAUUCUAUCGAGAAAGAAUCAGAAGUGCGCACAGACGAAACAACUGAGGAAGAUGUUGAAAUAUUGAAAGUAAAAGAAGAUGUAGAACAGCGUGAGGAACUUGCAAUAGGAGAAAUAUCACCGAAAGAAGUCGGAGAUGAACUGAAAUAUUCUAAGUCGGAAGAAGAUCUGAGUGUUCAUCAAACUACGGCCGACGAAAGUGAGGCGAAAACUAAUGAAGAAUCAAAAGAAGAAAAGAUAUAUAUUUCUGAAGAAAUGCCGGUAGAGACACCGGAUAUUGCAACUGAAACAGCAGAGGAAAUGAUUGAAAAAAUUGCUGAAGAAGAGGAUUCUGUGUCGGAAACCAGAGUCGACAUCACUGACGAUGCGGAAAUAAAACCAGUAGUUGAAGUAUCGGAAAAAAAACCUGUUGUGGAAACAGAUGAAGCAGAAACUGAAGGAAAAGCAGCAGAUGACUUACCAGAAGAAGACUCCAAAGACCAAUUAUUACCUGUGACACCAGAAGAAGCAGUGUCUGAGGAGAAACCUAUAGAACAAUCAGCUGAAUCAUUAAAAGAAGAAGAGAAAGUAGAAAACAAAUCAGAUAACAACUCGUUUGUACAUGAAACUACAAAGAAAAAGGCUGACGAAAGCAUAAAUAAAAUUUUAGAUGAAGCUUCAUCUGGCGUUGGCAGUUUUGAAGAUGCUCGAUCUGUUGAAUUAUCGCUCGAUAAAACUGAAAGUGAAAUGCCAAAGGAAAUGACAGAGGAACAACUGUCUGAAACAGCACCUGUAGUUGAAGAAGGUAAGACGGAAAAGUCCGAAGAAUCACUGGCGGAAACAAAAGAAGAAGAAAUUUCUCAAGAAAGAUCUACUGAAAUUUCGGGUACUGUUAUUUCAAUUGCUGAAGAAGAUACAACAGUAAAAUCUAUCGAGAAAGAAUCCGAAGUGCGCACAGACGAAACAACUGAGGAAGAUGUUGAAACAUUGAAAGUAAAAGAAGAUGUAGAACAGCGUGAGGAACUCGCAAUAGGAGAAAUAUCACCGGAAGAAGUCGGAGAUGAACUGAAACAUUCUAAGUCGGAAGAAGAUCUGAGUGUUCAUCAAACUACGGCCGACGAAAGUGAGGCGAAAACUAUUGAAGAAUCAAAAGAAGAAAAGAUAGAUAUUCCUGAAGAAACGCCGGUAAAGACCCCGGAUAUUGCAAUUGAAACAGCAGAGGAAAUGAUUGUAAAAAGUGCUCAAGAAGAGGAGUCUGUGUCGAAAAGCAGAGUCGACAUCACUGACGAUGUGGAAAUUAAACCAGUAGUUGAAGUAUCGGAAGAUAAACCUGUUGAGGAAACAGAUGAAGCAGAAACUGAAGGAAAAGCAGCAGAGGACAUACCAGAAGAAGACUCCAAAGACCAAGCAUCACCUGUGACAUCAGAAGAAGUAGUGUCUGCGGAGAAAGCUAUAGGACAAUCACCUGAGUCAAUAAUAGAAGAAGAAACAUUGAAAGACAAAUCAGAAAACAACUCGUUUGUACAUGAAGGUACUGAGAAAAUGACUGACGAAAGAAUAGAUAUAAUUUUUGAUGAAGCUUCACCUGGCGUUGACAGUUCUGAAGAUGCUCGAUCUGUUGAAAUAUUGCUCGAUAAAACUGAAAGUGAUGUGCUGAAGGAAAUGUCAGGGAAACAAUUGUCUGAAACAAAACCUGUAGUAGAAGAAAGUAAGACGGAAACGUCCGAAGAAUCACUUGCGGAAAUAAAAGAAGAAGAAAUUUCUCAGGAAAACUCUACAGAAAUAUCGGGUACUGUUAUUUCAAGUGCUGAAGAAGACAUAACAGAAAAAUCUACCGAGAAAGAAUCAGAAGUGCGCACAGACGAAACAACUGAGGAAGAUGUUGAAUCCUUGAAAGUAAAAGAAGAUGUAGAACAGCGUGAGGAACUCACAGUAGGAGAAAUAUCACCGGAAGAAGUCGAAGAUAAACUGAAACAUUCUAAGUCGGAAGAAGAUCUGAGCGUUCAUCAAACUACGGCCGACGAAUGUGAGGCGGAAACUAUUGAAGAAUCAAAAGAAGAAAGGAUAAAUAUUCCAGAAGAAAUGCCGGUGGAGAAAUCGGAUAUUGCAAUGGAAAAAGCAGAGGAAACGAUUGUAAAAAGUGCUCAGGAAGCGGAGUCUGCGUUGAAAAGCGGUGUCCACAUCACUGACGAAGUGGCAAUUAAACCAGUAGUUAAAGUACCGGAAGAUAAACCCGUUGAAGAAGCAAAUAAAGCAGAAACUGAAGAAGAAGCAACAAAGGACGUACCAGAAGAAGACUCAGAAGACCAAGCAUCUCCUGUGACAUCAGAAGAAGUAGUGUCUGAGGAGAAACCUAUAGAACAAUCAGCUGAGUCAUUAAAAGAAGAAGAAAAAAUAGAAGACAAAUUAGAAAACAACUCGUUUGUACAUGAAACUACAGAGAAAAAGGCUGACGAAAGCAUAAAAAUAAUAUUUGAUGAAGCUUCACCUGGCGUUGAUAUUUCUGAAGAUGCUCGAUCUGUUGAAAUAUCGCUCGAUAAAACUGAAAGUGAAAUGCCAAAGAAAAAGUCAGAGGAACAACUAUCUAUAACAAAACCUUUAGCUGAAGAUGGUAAGACGGAAAAGUCCAAAGAAUCACUGGCGGAAACAAAAAAAGAAGAUAUUUCUCAAGAAAGAUCUGCUGAAAUUUCGGGUACUGUUAUUUCAAAUACUGAAGAAGAUACAACAGGAAAAUCUAUCGAGAAAGAAUCAGAAGUGCGCACAGACGAAACAACUGAGGAAGAUGUUGAAACAUUGAAAGUAAAAGAAGAUGUAGAACAGCGUGAGGAAUUCGAAAUAGGAGAAAUAUCACCGGAAGAAGUCAGAGAUGAACUGAAACAUUCUAAGUCUGAUGAAGAUCUGAGUGUUCAUCAAACUACGGCCGACGAAAGUGAGGCGAAAACUAUUGAAGAAUCAAAAGAAGAAAAGAUAGAUAUUCCUGAAGAAACGCCGAUAGAGGCCCCGGAUAUUGCAAUUCAAACAGCAGAGGAAAUGAUUGUAAAAAGUGCUCAGGAAGAGGAGUCUGUGUCGAAAAGCAGAGUCGACUUCACUGACGAUGUGGACAUUAAACCAGUAGUUGAAGUAUCGGAAGAUAAACCUGUCAACAAAACAGAUGAAACAGAAACUGAAGGAAAAGCAGCAGAGGACAUACCAGAAGAAGACUCCAAAGUCCAAGCAUCACCUAUGACAUCAGAAGAAGUAGUGUCUGCGGAGAAAGCUAUAGAACAAUCACCUGAGUCAAUAAUAGAAGAAGAAACAUUGAAAGACAAAUCAGAAAACAACUCGUUUGUACAUGAAAGUACUGAGAAAAUGACUGACGAAAGAAUAGAUAUAAUUUUUGUUGAAGCUUCACCUGGCGUUAAUAGUUCUGAAGAUGCUCGAUCUGUUGAAAUAUCGCUCGAUAAAACUGAAAGUGAUGUGCUGGAGGAAAUGUCAGGGGAACAAUUGUCUGAAACAAAACCUGUAGUAGAAGACAGUAAAACGGAAACGUCCGAAGAAUCACUGGCGGAAAAAAAAGAAGAAGAAAUUUCUCAGGAAAAAUUUCCAGAAAUAUCGGGUACUGUUAUUUCAAGUGCUGAAGAAGACAUAACAGAAAAAUCUACCGAGAAAGAAUCAGAAGUGCGCACAGACGAAACAUCUGAGGAAGAUGUUGAAUCCUUGAAAGUAAAAGAAGAUGUAGAACAGCUUGAGGAACUCGCAGUAGGAGAAAUAUCACCGGAUGAAGUCGAAGAUAAACUGAAACGUUCUAGGUCGGAAGAAGAUCUGAGUGUUCAUCAAACUACGACCGACGAAUGUGAGGCGGAAACUAUUGAAGAAUCAAAAGAAGAAAGGAUAGAUAUUCCAGAAGAAAUGCCGGUGGAGAAAUCGGAUAUUGCAAUGGAAAAAGCAGAGGAAACGAUUGUAAAAAGUGCUCAAGAAGCGGAGUCUGCGUUGAAAAGCGGUGUCCCCAUCACUGACGAAGUGGAAAUUAAACCAGUAGUUAAAGUACCGGAAGAUAAACCCGUUGAAGAAUCAAAUGCAGCAGAAACUGAAGAAAAAGCAACAAAGGACGUACCAGAAAAAGACUCAGAAGAACAAUCAUCUCCUGUGACAUCAGAAGUGGUGUGUGAGGAGAAACCUAUAGAGCAAUCAGCUGAGUCAUUAAAAGAAGAAGAAAAAAUAGAAGACAAAUUAGAAAACAACUCAUUUGUACAUGAAACUACAGAGAAAAGGGCUGACGAAAGCAUAAAUAUAAUAUUUGAUGAAGCUUCACCUGGCGUUGACAUUUCUGAAGAUGCUCGAUCUGUUGAAAUAUUGCUCGAUAAAACUGAAAGUGAAAUGCCAAAGGAAAUGUCAGAGGAACAACUGUCUAUAACAAUACCUGUAGUUGAAGAAAGUAAGACGGAAAAGUCUGAAGAAUCACUGGCGGAAACAAAAGAAGAAAAAAUUUCUCAAGAAAGGUCUUCUGAAAUUUCAGGUGCUGUUAUUUCAAGUGCUGAAGAAGAUACAACAGUAAAAUCUAUCGAGAAAGAAUCAGAAGUGCGCACAGACGAAACAACUGAGGAAGAUGUUGAAACAUUGAAAGUAAAAAAAGAUGUAAAACAGCGUGAGGAACUCGAAAUAGGAGAAAUAUCGCCGGAAGAAGUCGGAGAUGAACUGAAACAUUCUAAGUCGGAAGAAGAUCUGAGUGUUCAUCAAACUACGGCCGACGAAAGUGAGGCGAAAACUAUUGAAGAAUCAAAAGAAGAAAGGAUAGAUAUUCCAGAAGAAACGCCGGUAGAGAAAUCGGAUAUUGCAAUUGAAAAAGCAGAGGAAACGAUUGUAAAAAGUGCUCAAGAAGCGGAGAAAAAAGCUGACGAAAGCAUAAAUAUAAUUUUAGAUGAAGCUUCACCUGGCGUUGACAGUUCUGAAGAUGCUCGAUCUGUUGAAAUAUCGCUCGAUAAAACUGAAAGUGAAAUGCCAAAGGAAAUGUCAGAGGAACAAUUGUCUGAAGCAAAACCUGUAGUUGAAGAAGGUAUGACGGAAAAGUCCGAAGAAUCACUGGCAGAAACAAAAGAAGAAGAAAUUUCUCAAGAAAGAUCUACUGAAAUUUCGGGUACUGUUAUUUCAAGUGCUGAAGAAGAUACAACAGAAAAAUCUAUCGAGAAUGAAUCAGAAGUGCACAUAGACGAAAUAACCGAGGAAGAUAUUGAAACAUUGAAAGUAAAAGAAGAUGUAGAAGAGCGUGAGGAACUCGCAAUAGUUGAAAUAUCACCGGAAGAAGUCGGAGAUGAACUGAAACAUUCUAAGUCGGAAGAACAUCUGAGUGUUCAUCAAACUAUAGCCGACGAAAGUGAGGCGAAAACUAUUGAAGAAUCAAAAGAAGAAAAGAUAUAUAUUUCUGAAGAAACGCCGGUAAAGACCCCGGAUAUUGCAAUUCAAACAGCAGAGGAAAUGAUUGUAAAAAGUGCUCAAGAAGAGGAGUCUGUGUCGAAAAGUAGAAUUGACAUCACUGAUGAUGUGGAAAUUAAACCAGUAAUUGAAGUAUCGGAAUAUAAACCUGUUGAGAAAACAGAAGAAGCAGGAACUGAAGGAAAAGCAGCAGAGGACAUACCAGAAGAAGACUCCAAUGACCAAGCAUCACCUGUGACAUCAGAAGAUGUAGUGUCUGUAGAGAAAGCUAUAGAACAACCACUUGAGUCAAAAAUAGAAGAAGAAACAUUGGAAGACAAAUCAGAAAACAACUCGUUUGUACAUGAAAAUACUGAGAAAAUGACUGACGAAAGAAUAGAUAUAAUUUCUGAUAAAGCUUCAUCUGGCGUUGACAGUUCUGAAGAUUCUCGAUUUGUUGAAAUAUCGCUCGAUAAAACUGAAAGUGAAAUGCCGAAGGAAAUGUCGGAGGAACAAUUGUCUGAAACAAAACCUGUAGUAGAAGAAAGUAAUACGGAAACGUCCGAAGAAUCAAAGGCUGAAACAAAAGAAGAAGAAAUUUCUCAAGAAAGACCUACUGAAAUUUCGGGUACUGUUAUUUCAAGUGCUGAAGAAGACACAACAGAAAAAUCUAUCGAGAAAGAAUCAGAAGUGCGCACAGACGAAACAACUGAGGUAGAUGUUGAAACCUUGAAAGUAAAAGAUGAUGUAGAACAGCGUGAGGAACUCGCAGUAGGAGAAAUAUCACCGGAAGAAGUCGAAGAUAAACUGAAACAUUCUAAGUCGGAAGAAGAUCUGAGUGUUCAUAAAACUACGGCCGACGAAAGUGAGGCGAAAACUAUUGAAGAAUCACAAGAAGAAAGGAUAGAUAUUCCAGAAGAAACGCCGGUAGAGAAAUCGGAUAUUGCAAUUGAAAAAGCAGAGGAAACGAUUGUAAAAAGUGCUCAAGAAGCAGAGAAAAAAGCUGACGAAAGCAUAAAUAUAAUUUUAGAUGAAGCUUCACCUGGCGUUGACUAUUCUGAAUAUGCUCGAUCUGUUGAAAUAUCGCCCGAUAAAACUGAUAGUGAAAUGCCAAAGGAAAUGUCAGAGGAACAAUUGUCUGAAGCAAAACCUGUAGUUGAAGAAGGUAUGACGGAAAAGUCCGAAGAAUCACUGGCAGAAACAAAAGAAGAAGAAAUUUCUCAAGAAAGAUCUACUGAAAUUUCGGGUACUGGUAUUUCAAGUGCUGAAGAAGAUACAACAGAAAAAUCUAUCGAGAAAGAAUCAGAAUUGCGCACAGACGAAAUAACUGAGGAAGAUGUUGAAACAUUGAAAGUAAAAGAUGUAGAACAGCGUGAGGAACUCGCAAUAGGAGAAAUAUCACCGGAAGAAGUCGGAGAUAAACUUAAACAUUCUAAGUCGGAAGAAGAUCUGAGUGUUCAUAAAACUACGGCCGACGAAAGUGAGGCGAAAACUAUUGAAAAAUCAAAAGAAGAAAAGAUAGAUAUUCCUGAAGAAACGCCGGUAAAGACACCGGAUAUUGCAAUUGAAACAGCAGAGGAUAUGAUUGUAAAAAAUGCUCAAGAAGAGGAGUCUGUGUCGAAAAGCAGAGUCGACAUCACUGAUGAUGUGGAAAUUAAACCAGUAGUUGAAGUAUCGGAAGAUAAACCUAUUGAGGAAACAGAUGAAGCCGAAACUGAAGGAAAAGCAGCAGAGGACAUACCAGAAGAAAACUCCAAUGACCAAGCAUCACCUGUGACAUCAGAAGAUGUAGUGUCUGCGGAGAAAGCUAUGGAACAACCACCUGAGUCAAUAAUAGAAGAAAAAACAUUGGAAGACAAAUCAGAAAACAACUCGUUUAUACAUGAACGUACUAAGAAAAUGACUGACGAAAGAAUAGAUAUAAUUUUUGAUAAAGCUUCAUCUGGCGUUGACAGUUCUGAAGAUGCUCGAUCUGUUGAAAUAUCGCUCGAUAAAACUGAAAGUGAAGUGCCGAAGGAAAUAUCAGAGGAACAAUUGUCUGAAACAAAACCUGUAGUAGAAGAAAGUAAGACGGAAACGUCCGAAGAAUCACUGGCGGAAACAAAAGAAGAAGAAAUUUCUCAAGAAAGAUCUACAGAAAUAUCGGGUACUGUUAUUUCAAGUGCUGAAGAAGAUACAACAGAAAAAUCUAUCGAGAAAGAAUCAGAAGUGCGCACAGACGAAACAACUGAGGAAGAUGUUGAAACCUUGAAAGUAAAAGAAGAUGUAGAAGAGCGUGAGGAACUCGCAGUAGGAGAAAUAUCACCGGAAGAAGUCGAAGAUAAACUGAAACAUUCUAAGUCGGAAGAAGAUCUGAGUGUUCAUAAAACUACGGCCGACGAAAGUGAGGCGAAAACUAUUGAAGAAUCAAAAGAAGAAAGAAUAGAUAUUCCAGAAGAAACGCCGGUAGAGAAAUCGGAUAUUGCAAUUGAAAAAGCAGAGGAAACGAUUGUAAAAAGUGCUCAAGAAGCGGAGAAAAAAGCUGACGAAAGCAUAAAUAUAAUUUUAGAUGAAGUUUCACCUGGCGUUGACAGUUCUGAAGAUGCUCGAUCUGUUGAAAUAUCGCUCGAUAAAACUGAAAGUGAAAUGCCAAAGGAAAUGUCAGAGGAACAAUUGUCUGAAGCAAAACCUGUAGUUGAAGAAGGUAUGACGGAAAAGUCCGAAGAAUCACUGGCGGAAACAAAAGAAGAAGAAAUUUCUCAAGAAAGAUCUACUGAAAUUUCGGGUACUGUUAUUUCAAAUGCUGAAGAAGAUACAACAGAAAAAUCUAUCGAGAAAGAAUCAGAAGUGCGCACAGACGAAACAACUGAGGAAGAUGUUGAAACAUUGAAAUUAAAAGAAGAUGUAGAACAGCGGGAAGAACUUGCAAUAGGAGAAAUGUCACCGGAAGAAGUCGGAGAUAAACUGAAACAUUCUAAGUCGGAAGAAGAUCUGAGUGUUCAUAAAACUACGGCCGACGAAAGUGAGGCGAAAACUAUUGAAGAAUCAAAAGAAGAAAAGAUAGAUAUUCCUGAAGAAACGCCGGUAAAGACACCGGAUAUUGCAAUUGAAACAGCAGAGGAUAUGAUUGUAAAAAAUGCUCAAGAAGAGGAGUCUGUGUCGAAAAGCAGAGUCGACAUCACUGAUGAUGUGGAAAUUAAACCAGUAGUUGAAGUAUCGGAAGAUAAACCUAUUGAGGAAACAGAUGAAGCCGAAACUGAAGGAAAAGCAGCAGAGGACAUACCAGAAGAAGACUCCAAAGACCAAGCAUCACCUGUGACAUCAGAAGAUGUAGUGUCUGCGGAGAAAGCUAUAGAACAAUCACCUGAGUCAAUGAUAGAAGAAGAAAUGUGGGAAGACAACUCAGAAAACAACCCGGUUAUACAUGAAAGUACUGAGAAAAUGACUGACGAAAGAAUAGAUAUAAUUUUUGAUGAAGCUUCAUCUGGCGUUGACAGUUCUGAAGAUGCUCGAUCUGUUGAAAUAUCACUCGAUAAAACUGAAAGUGAAGUGCCGAAGGAAAUGUCAGAGGAACAAUUGUCUGAAACAAAACCUGUAGUAGAAGAAAGUAAGACGGAAACGUUCGAAGAAUCACUGGCGGAAACAAAAGAAGAAGAAAUUUCUCAAGAAAGAUCUACUGAAAUUUCGGGUACUGUUAUUUCAAGUGCUGAAGAAGAUACAACAGAAAAAUCUAUCGAGAAAGAAUCAGAAGUGCGCACAGACGAAACCACUGAGGAAGAUGUUAAAAUAUUUAAGGUAAAAGAUGAUACAGAACAGGGUGAGGAAACCGCAAUAGAAGAAGUAUCACAGGAAGAAACCGGAGAAAAAGUGCAACACUCCAAAUUGGAAGAGAAACUUAGAGUUCAUAAACCUACGGCCGACCAAAGUGAGGUGAAAACUACUGGAGACUCACAAGAAGAAAUUAAAAUCAUUUCUAAAGAAACGCCAGUAGAGAAACCAGAUAUUGCAACAGAAACAGCAGUAGAUGAGACGAUUGUAGAAAGUGCUCAAAGAGAAGAAUCCGCAUCGAAAAGUGGAGUCGACAUAACUGACGAAGUAAAAAUUAUAUCAGUGGUUGAAGUAACAAAAGAUAAACCUCUCGAAGAAACAAGCGAUGGAGAAAAAGAAGAAAAAGGAACAAAGGAUAUAGCAAAAGAAAUUUCUGAUGACGAAGUAUCUCUGGUUACAUCUGAAGACGUAGUAUCUGAGGAGAAACCUAUGGAACAAUCACCUGAGUCUAUUAUAAAGCAAGAAAAAUUGCAAGACAAAUCAGAAAACGAGUCGUUUGUACUUGAAACUACUGUGGAAAAGACUGACGAAAGCACACAUUUAAUUUUAGAUAAAGCAGCAUCUAGCGUUGUUAGCUCUGAAGAAGCUCGAUCUGAUAAAAUAUCGCUCGAUAAAACUGAAAAUGAAAUGCCAAACGAAAUGUCGGAGGAACAUUUUCCUGAAAGAAAAGCUACUGUUGAAGAAAAUAAGAUGGAAAUGUCUGACAGGCCACUUGAGAAGACAAAAGAGGACGAAAUUUCUCAAGAAAAAUCUACAGAACAAUCGGAUUCUGUUAUUGGAAGUGCCGAAGAAGAUACAACAGAAAAACCUUCUGAGAAAGAAUCAGAAGAGCGCACAGGCAAAACCACUGAGGAAGAUGUUGAAACAUUAAAGGUAGAAGAAGAUGUACAACAGCGGGAGGAAAUCGGAAUAGGAGAAGUAUCACAGGAAGAAGUCGGAUAUGAAAUGCAACGGUCUAAAUCGGAAGAAGAUCUGAGCGUUCAUAAACCAGCGGCCGAUGAUAGUGAAGCAAGAACUUUAAAAGAAAGUAAAGAAUUGAAAGAAGAAAUCAAAGACGUUUCUGAAGAAAUGCCAACAGAGAAAUCGGAUAUUGCAACUCAAACAUCAGAUGAAGCGUUGGUGGCAAAUGCUCAAGGAGAGGAAUUUGCAUUGAAAAGUGGAGUUCAAGAAACUAAUGGGAAAAAAACUGACGAAAGCAUGAGUAUAAUUUUAGAUGAAGCUUCACCUGGUGUUUACAUCUCUAAAGAAGCUCGAUCUGUUGAAAAAUCGCUCGAUAAAACUAAAAGUGAAAUGCCAAAGGAAUUGUCGCAGGAACAGUUGUCUGAAACAAAACAUAUUGUUCAAGAAAGUGAGACUGAAACGUCUGAAGAAUCACUAAAGAACACAAAAGAGAAAGAUAUUUCUCAAGAAAACAUUACAGAAAAAUUGGAUUCCGUUAUUGCAUGUGCCGAAGACGACACAACAGAAAAGCCAUCCGAGAAAGAGUCAGAAGUGCGCACAUACGAAACCACUGAGAAAGAUGUUGAAUCAUAUAAAGUUGAAGAAGAUAUAGAACAGCGUGAGAAAAAUGUAACAGGAGAGGUAUCUCAGGAUGAAACCGGACAAGAAAUACAACAGUCUAAAUCGGAAGAAGAUCUGAGUGUUCAUAAAUCUACGGCCGAUGAAAGUGAGGCGAGAACAUUUAAAGAACUGAAAGAAGAAAUCAAAGACUUUUCUGAAGAAAUGCCAGUAGAGAAAUCGGAUAUUGCAACGCAAAAUUCAGAUGAAGCGUUGGUGGAAAAUGCUCAAGGAGAGAAAUCUGCUUUAAAAUGUGGAGUCGACAUCACUGACGAAGUCGAAAUUAUACCGUUAGUUGAAGUAUCGGAAGAUAACCCUGUCCAAGAAACAAGCGAAGCAGAAAAUGUAGAAAAAGCAUCAAAGAAUGUAUUAAAAGAGAAAUCAGAAGACCGAGUUUUUCCGGUGACAUCUGAAGAAGAAGUAUCUGAGGAAAAACCUAUGACACAAUCACCUGAGUCAGAAGAAAAAUUGGAAGACAAAUUAGAAAACAGCUCUUUUGUACAUGAAUCUUUUGGGGAAAAGACUGACGAACUGACAGAUCUUAUUUUAGAUGAAACCGCACCUGAAGUUGACCUCUCUAAAGAAACUCGUUCUGUUGAAGUAUCGCUCAAUGAAACUGAAAUGCUAAAGGGAAUGUCGGAGGAGCUAACGACUGAAACAAAACCUUUUGUUGAAGAAAGUAAGACGGAAACGUGCGAAGAAUCACUGGAGAAAACAAAAGAGGAGGAAAUUUCUCAAAUAAAAGCUACAGAAAAAUCAGAUACCGUUAUUGCAAGUGCCGAGGAUGACAAAACAGAAAAGACUUCCGAUAAAGAAUUAGAAGUGCGCACUGACGAAUCAACUGAGGAAGAUGUUGAAACAUUUAAGGUAAAAGAAGUUGUAGAGCAGCCUGAGGAAAUCACAGUACGAAAAAUAUCACAGGACGAAGUCGGACAUGAAAUGCAACAGCAACAGUCUAAAUCGGAAGAUCAAAGUGUUCAUAAACAUAUGGCGGACGAAAGAGAGGAGAAAACUUUUCAAGAAUCAAAACGAGAAAUCAAAGUUGUUUCUGGAGAAACGCCAGUAGAGAAACCGGUUAUUGCAACUGAAAUAGCAGAUGAAACGAUUGUAGAAAAUGCUCAAGAAGAGAAAUGUGCAUCAAAAAGUGGGGUCGACAUCACUGACGAAGUAGAAAUUAUGUCGGUAGUUGAAGUAUUGGAAGAUAAACCUGUCGAAGAAGAAAGCGAAGCAGAAAAUGUAGUAAGACCAACAGAAAACAUAGCAAAUGAGAAAUCAAAAGACGAAGAAUCACCGGUGACAUCAGAAGAAAUAGUAUCCGAGAAGAAACCUAUGGAACAAACACCUGAAUCAAAUAUGGAACAAGAAAAUUUGGAAGACAAAUUAGAAAACAACAACUCAAUUGUACAUGAAACGGCUGAGGAAAAGACUGAUGAAAGCAUAAAUAUAAUUUUACAUAAAGCAGCAUCUAGCAUUGAUAUCUCUAAAGAAGCUCGAUCUAUUGAAUUAUCGCUUGAUAAAACAGAAAAUGAAAUGCAAAUGGAAACGUUGGAGGAACAAUUGUCUGUUACAGAAGCUACUGUUGAAGAAAAUAAGACGGAAACGUCCGACGAAUCACUGCAGAAAACAAAAGACGAAGAAAUUUCCCAAGACAAAUCUACAGAAAUAUCGGGAACUGUUAUUUCAAGUGCUGAAGAAGAUACAACAGAAAUGUCUUCUGAGAAAGAAACAGAAGUGCGUACAUUCGAAACCACCGAGGAAGAUGUUGAAAAAAAUAAGGUAAAAGAAGAUGUAGUACAGCGUGAGGAAAUUGCAAUAAAAGAAGUAUCACAGGAAGAAACCAGACAUGAAAUGCAACAGUCUAAACAGGAAGAAAAUCUGAGUGUUUAUAAACCUACGGCCGACGAAAGUGAGGCGAAAGUAUUUGAAGACUCACAAGAAGAAACAUCAGAAGAGAAACCGGAUAUUGCAACUGAAACAGUGGAGGAAACAAUAGUAGAAUAUGCUCAAGGAGAGAAAUCUGCAUUGGAAAGUGGAGUCGACAUAAGUGACGAAGAGGAAAUUAAGCCGGUAGUUGAAGUAUCGGAAGAUAAACCUGUCGAAGAAAUAAGCGAAGCAGAAAAUAUAGAAAAUGCAACAGAAAGUAUACUUAAAGAUGAAAUAGAAAGUGAAAUGCCAAAGGAAAUAUUGGGGGAACAGUUGGCUGAAACAAAACCUAUCAUUGAAGAAAAGAAGAUGGAAACAUCCGAAGAGUCACUGGAGGAAAUGAAAGAGGAAGAAAUUUCUAAAGAAAAAUCAACAGAAAAAUCGGACAUUGUUAUUGCAAGUGCUGAAGAAGACACAACAGAAAAUGCUUCCGUAAAAGAAUCAGACGUACGCACAGAAGAAAUAACUAAAAAAGAUGUUGAAACAUUUAAGGUAACAGAAGAUGUAGAACAGCAUGAGGUAAACACAGCAGAAGAGAUAUCACAGGAAGAAACAGGACCUGAAAUGCUACAGUCAAAAUCGGAAGAUGAUAAGACUGAUCAUCAACCUUUUGCUGACGAAAUUGUGGCGAAAACAAUUGAAGACUCACAAGAAGAAAUCAAAGUCGUUUCUGAUGAAAAGCCAAAAGAGGAACCGGAUUUUGCAAAUAAAACAGCCGAGGAAACUCUUAAAGAAAAUGUUUUCGUAGAGGAAUCUACAAUGAUAAGUGGAGUCGACAUCAGACAGGAAGCAAAAUUUGUAGCAAUACUUGAAACAUCAGACGAAAAACAUGUUGAAGAAGUAAGUGAUGGAGAAACUGCAGAAGAAGCGACAAAUAAUAUAUCAAAAGAGGAAUCAGAGUAUACAGGCGAAACACCUCACCUAAAACCCAGUGAAGAACAUGGAACUCUGCUUGAAAGAAUAACGCCAAAACAAGGUGAUCAGCAGUUGACAGCUAAACAUGCUGACCACAUGCAGCAAGACGAAAAGCAUGCUAAUACAUUAAGUGAUAUUACGACUAUAACAGACAGUACGGAUGUAAGCAGUAUGAAUUUUACAACUCUUACAGACAGUCCAAGAAAUAUUUCCUAUGAGGAGACACAAGACACUGCUAGAUCACAUGACACUUCUGAUGAUCUCACUAAUGACAACACGUAUUCUGAUACAUUUGAAUCUCUCUCCGAAAGACAGACUACACUUGAUACAGCCGAUGAGACUGUGUCCAAACCAACCAAAGAUCCGGUUGGAGCUAAAACAUCACUUCAUACUGACAAUGAUACUGCACAGAAUCUAAGGAGAUCUUCACUGUCAGACUUUGAAGAUCUUCCUUUAGAAUAAAACAUGUGCUAGCUCGUGUCAUGUUCUUUGAAACAAACUUCAAGACAUUAAACAUUAACGUAGAAGUUGUAAAUCAACAAUUAUUGCAAAACGUCAUCAAAUAUCUAAUCAUUCUCUAAGAUGAAUUAUAUUGUGUAGCAUAUAGAUAGAUAGAUCAGUCUUUUAUUGCUUUAUAAGAAAAGUAGCAUAUUAUAAUACAAGCGUUAUUACAAACAUAUGAAAAAUGUGAUUCGUAUACAAGAUGAAAUUUACACAUUGAUGGUGAAUCCAUAAUUAUAGUUAAUAACUUUGCAUGAUAUAAGUAUACAUUUAAAACAUUAUAUCUGAUUUACAGUUAUAUACGAAUUUUGUUUGUCAGUGUUCUACAUUGGUAUGAAACAUUUCUGUAUAAAGACUACAAUGAACAAUGUUGAUGUAUUAUACUGUUGUUACUCAUUACAAAGAACGCGGAGGCCAAUGUACAAUUACAUCUUAUUUAUUAUACACUAUAUGUACUGGUGCUCCCUGUUUAGCUUAUGAAGCAAAUUGUGAUAUAGUUUUUGUAAAUUGCAUUCUGUAGAUUGCAUUCAGUUACAUGUCGAUACUAAUUUGCAUUUUUCUUUCUUUCUUAUAAGCUUCUGUCUUUAUGUUUCAUUGCACGUUUAAACAAAUAAAGUAAUUAAUUCUAAAUAUAUAUUAAACUUUAAUAAAGAUUUGCUGGUUCUGUUUAAAUGAAAAUGAAUCACGUGAUCAAUGGAGCCAUGUCAACUCUGUACAACAACCACCUUGGCAAAAGAGGCUGCUGUUGUAAACUGUACUGACUCUCUCUUAUUUCUCUGACAUUUGUGUUUCUUUUUGUAUAUAUUCUUGACAAUUCAUAGUAUAUUUCAUAACUAAAAUGAACAUUCUAUGUUAUUGUGAUUGGCAACAGAAGUGCUUUAUGUUUAAUUGUGUUUAGAAGAAAAUGUGUUUACAUGUACACACAGGAAUGAGUGUUUACAUAUACAUCAAAUGCAAGAAUUUAUCAUCAACCCGUAUUCAAAGUUCAGAAUUAAUUGGUUUAAGAAAAGAAACAACAAAAUUAUUGGAUCGUCAUUUAUAUUAUAUAUGCCCAUAUUCCUGUAAAAUCAUUGAUUUUCGUUAGCAAUGAAGACUGCAGAUAUUUUUGUGAUAGACGAUUGGUCAUAAAUGAAGAUAACAUAGGACUUUAGUCCAAUGUUUAUAAAUUUUGCACCAUUAACCCUAUUAAAUCACUUCCAUUUAUUUAUGACGUAAUUACUAUUCUAUCCAUCCUGUAGUGUUUUGUUCCUACAUUUCGUAUUGUUGUAGAUGAAAACGCUGAAAAAACACGAUAUUCGGCGAAUCUGUAACUGCUUUUACUGAUGAUUUUACAGAAAUGAAAAUAUUACUACAUAAUGAAAAUAUUACAUAUAGAAAACAGUAUUACAUACAGAGAACAUUGUAACGGUCAUGAACCAAUUAAAAAUACACAAAAAAAUCUUUAAAUUUACGUAAAGUAUUUACAUUUUAUUUCAUCAUAUAAUCUUUAUGGUCCUUAAUCAAUAAAUGGGCGUUUCUUUCAUGAUAUCAUCAAUAGUAUAAAAAACUUUGGAUCAAUUUAGAAAACGGUGAGAAACAUCAUGUUGAUAAAUAUAUAGGUAUAUGUCAAAUUAUAGAUACUGCAUUUAAACACACUUCAAAUAUUACAGUCUGUCUAAUACCCUUUGAUUAUUUUGUCGUUCCCUUUUGAAGUUAUAAGAUCUUUUUGUAUUUUAUAUAAUUAUACAAUAUAUAAAAUUUAGAUUACCUGUUAAUACAUUUGUUCUUUAUAUUUUGUGAUGGUGAUAUUCCUAUUUUUUGCAUUUUUGUAAGUUUUUACAUUUCUUUGAUGAGAUAUAAAUACUUUUCACUAAUGACAAUAACCGUCAAUCAUUUUUUCGCAUAUUUUACAUUUUUAAUUUGUAUCAUUAUUUGGUAUUGUACAAAUGAAAGCUAGUCUUCGUGAUUUAGGUAAAUAUUACACCAUAAUAUAACGAUCGUUACAAGGGAUUACAUUUGCUGUAUAUUACAUGUAUUGUAUAUAAUAGACCGCCAAGUAUGAUUUUUUAAAUUAUCACUGUGUUAUUUAAUUGUUAUGAUUUGAAUAAACCAUGUUUAUAA